CAUUUGAAUUUCAUUAAAUUUUUACUUAACUGGUAAUUUAUUUUAAAGUUUAAGUAACAACAAAUAAAUACAGGGAAAAAAGAUUCAAGCCACAUUAUUCAAUGCUACAAUAGCAACAUUUGAGGAAUACAUCCAUCUCAGCAAUACCAUUAUCAUCAAGAAUGGUAUAGUCAGGCCUAUAAAUAGGAAAUAUGCAUCGGUGAAUCCGAAUUUUGAGCUUGCUUUUGGACAAAACACAAAAAUUAUAGUAUCCGAAAAUAAAAUCAAUAUCGGUACCCUACCAUUUUCAUUCAAGCCAUUCGAAGAGGUGACAAAGACAAAUAAUGAAAAUAUAUUUUUCGAUGUGUUAGGAUUCAUCACUUUAGUGAGACCGUUGUACACAACAAAUACAUCAGUUAGAAGGGAGAUCACAAUAAUGAAUGAAGAGUAAGUGUUUUUAAAUAAGAAAUAAUUUUUCAAUAACAAAUAUUAAAAUACUAACAUAUCCAUUUAACAAUUUUUUUAAUUGACACAGGAUGGAUCCAUUGGUAUUAACAUUAUGGGGAGAGCAUGCAGAGAAAGAAGGUCAAGUAUUCGAAGACAAGAAAAAACAAAAACCAAUUAUAGCAAUAAUUAAUGUUACUGCAAAUAGAUAUAUGUGUAAGACUUUUCAAUUUAAUUGUUUUAAAAAAUUUAUAUAACAAAAAAGUAACCAUAUAAUGAAUACAGGAGUUCCGCAACUAUCAUCAAAGCCUGCAACAAUAUUUUUGAUAGACCCAAACAUUACUGAAGCACACACUCUUAAAGAAUGGAUGACAGUGAAGGGGAAAAAUUAUGAGAAACUGAUGCAGCAGACCCCAUCGAAGCUAAUGAGAAGGUCUAAGAAGGUUAUGCUUGGUGAUAUCAUCACAUCAUCAACAGCUACGAAACAGAAUAUGUAUUCCUACUUUAAAGCGGAGAUAUCAGCAAUAAUCAAUCCAGAAUCACCUUGUUACACCGCAUGCAAGAGUUGUCAAAGAAAGGUUUUUGUUGAAGACAGCAUAGCUAACUACAACAAUUACAACACUGAAGAUGCGGAAUGGGAAAUAAAAUAA